UGCGCCUUCCAGAUGGACAGUUACCGGUAGCAGAAAAGAGAACAGAACCACGAAAACAUAACCUACGCGCAUUUUCCUAUCUGAAGAAAAACAGCUUACCGCCUCUAAAAAUUUAUUAUGAUAAAUAAUUGUCCAUAAACCAUGGACAAACCUCGACCUUGUGGGUGCAAGGGAAGGCGAACUUGCAUCACAUGUGAGGCUGAAUAUGGUUUGCUACAUGACGACACCAAUGACAUCCAGAGGGAAAAAUCCUAUGUCUUUUGUCCAUGGUGUCAAAAAGCUUGGCCUGGAUGGGAUAUGAAUUUGUAUCGCCUUCAUCCUAAUCAUGAAGGAGAACCAAUUGAUUAUCCAGGAGUUUUCAUUGAGAUGGAUUGGCUUUCAGUAGAAGAGGAAAACCAACUAAUAGUUGGUAUGGAUGAAAUGCCGUGGGAUGCUUCUCAGAGUGGACGCAGAAAACAGAACUUUGGGCCCAAAUGCAAUUUUAAGAAAAAGAAAAUGAAGCUAGGAGAUUUCAACGGCUUUCCAUCCUUUUCAAAGUUUGUGCAAGAUAAAUUUCAAGAUGUGCCACAACUUGAGGGGUAUUUCACAAUUGAACAGUGUUCCCUUGAGUAUGAAGCCAGUAAAGGGGCAUCCAUUGAUCGACAUAUUGAUGAUUGUUGGGUUUGGGGUGAGAGGAUAGUAACUGUCAACUUACUUUCUGAUUCUGUGUUGACUAUGACCCCAUACAAUGGCGAGGAGUGGCGUUACAAUUUACCUUUAGUAUCAACUUACAACCGAAUUUUGAACAAUCAGGGUGAAGUUGUCAACAAGCAAAUCAAAGCAUUAGCCAAUGGAGAAAUUCCUGGAACAAAUUGCUCAAACAAUCUUCUUGGAGAUGAAUUUCCUCGCUCCAUCCCCAAGGACAUAGUUGUCCGAAUCCCUAUGCCUAGGAGGUCACUCUUGGUAAUUUAUGGUUCUCCACGAUAUGACUGGGAACAUCGUGUGCUACGUGAAGAUGUCCAUGGUAGAAGAACAUGCAUAGCGUACAGAGAAUUUACACCUCCCUUUUUACCUGGAGGACAGCUGUGCAAUGAGAGUGAGGCUGUUUUGAAGGCAGGAAAAAAUUUCUGGGACCAUCAAAGUGUCAGAAAUCAAAACUUGUUAUCUUCUGGAUAGGAAAAUUAAGUCUUUCAUUCUACUGUGAUUUAUUGUGGUUCUGUUCUGUUUGUAUCAACAAUUAACUUGGAAUUUACAAUUAUUUUAAAAAUAUACCAAACUUGAUAAAGAU